AUGGUUCUGGGAAUAGAUUCAUUAAUCCGGAUUGGGAGGAGGAUCUAUAACUAUGAGCAUACAAUUGGUAAUCGGUCAUCGGCUCGAGUUUCCGACGAUGAUCGGAGCAAGCGUGGCCAUUCUCCUGCUCGUCAACUUCCCCGGCUUAUGCUCCGCUCCACUAGUCGAAAACUCAACAAUACGCACCGUAAAGAUCAUUGUUUUCUCAGUCUAAGCGACGAAAAGAUUUACAAACUAUCAAGUCCCUCUUGUAAUAACGACUGUGUUGGGUCGAUCGAGGGUUGGUUAAUCGUGGUUGAUCACGAAUUCGUCCAGCCGGCCGAGGGUUUCAGAUCGCUUCAGUCAUUGAAUAACGAGAGCCGUAGUUCUUUUGGUGCUAUCUACUUCUUGAAUCCGACAUCACGCGAACGAGUUAGAGUUAUGCUUCCAUCGCAAUUCAACUUUCCUUGCGGCAAGGGCAACCAACAGUCCUUCAAGUUCAAGAAAAUAGUAGCCUCUUCAGCACCAACGAGCCCGCAUUGUGUUGUGGCAGGACUUUGUUCACAAGGCCGUUUGGCAAUUUGUAGGCCUACUGAUAUGUCAUGGACUCUAAUUGAAGAUUGGGAUGUCCGAGGGCUUGACUUUUGCGACAUAGAAAUAAUCGACAGGAAAUUAUACGCGGCAACAAGGGAAGCAUCGGAGUUUAUCAUGGUGUUUGACAUCGAAGAUGCCACGAAAAACGUUGGUCGUCCAAACUACGGUGUUGAAAAUUUGGUGAUGUGUAAGCCUGGGCCAAUUCCUUUGCAAAUUACCACAAGGGACGACGGAGAAAUCAGAGACGACGUUUACCUAGCAAAAGAUGCUGCAUCGAAGGAGCUGUUCAUGAUUUUCCGUGGUAAUAGCUUUGUUCGUGAGAAGAAUUCGAUAAUCUGUUGGUCGGACAUCAAAGGCUGUGACAAUUUCGUUAUUCCGCCAGAGACUUUUGGAUUUCAAGUGUUCAGGUUGGAGUGUGCUGGUAAUGGUCAUGAAUGGAUGAUAGUUUCGGACCUUGGCGAUCGAAUAUUGUUUGUGAGCAAGGCUAGCAACAUGUUCCUCUCUGCGACCGAUACUGUUUGCGAGAAGACACUUGAGAGAAACUGCAUUUGUUUUGCGUUUGAUAAUUUCUGCUCGAGUUCACCGUCGAGGGGGCGAGAUAUUGGGGUGUUUUCGUUGACAAACAAGAGCAUCAUGAACUUCAACUGCCUCAAGGAUUUACGUGGAGAAUUAGACGCUCCACCUAUAUGGUUCACAUCAAAUAAUUGA